ACAGAUUAAUUUGGCAUCAGAGCCUAGGGUUGAGUCUUAGUGGAUCUAGCAAAUCUUAGGCCGGUUUGACUAUAGGAUAUAGGCUCAUGAGAGACGAAAUCUAUUCGACUUGUGAGCGAAAGUAUUUUGAUUGGGUUUUAUGACAACUCUAAAAAGUUAGAGUUUAAUCGGAGUGUAUGGCUUCUAACUUCCCAGAGGGUUACGUUGGCGGCCGACAACGUAACAUCGGGAGUUAGUAGUGAAGGACACUUUCCUACUUUUGCAAGAAUUAGGGUUUGGUUAUUUUGAGCGGGGAUCCGAUAGCGCGGGUUACUAACUUGCGCUUUUAUGAUUUGUAGUGACGAUGCCGGUUACACGCUCCCAAUCUGCCGGAGCGGACGAUGCGGCAUACCUCGAGGAGGUCGAAACCUCCGCGACUUUCGGAUCUAGCGAGGUUCGCGACUUGAGGUCCCAGCUUGCGGUCCUCACUGACCUUGUAGCACAGCAGAGGGCGGCCGCUCAGCGACAGGCCGAGGUGGCACAGCGGCAGGAGGCACGGAUGAAGCACCUGGAGGAUCUCUUGCUACAGCAGGCAGCAGCUUCUAGGAAGACUCAGGUUCCCACACCGCCAGCACCCGUAGAGGACGUCGCACCGAGGGCGCAAUCCCUCGCGCCCAAUUCUUCGCGUGCGGCACAAGCGACUGCACCUCGGGAGGAAGUGGUCGCAGCACCACCGGUUCAGAUAGCUGCGGCGAGGGCAGCUUUCCCUGUGAUGGCCGAGGGAGCCGAGCGGGAUCGGCUCAUGGAUCGCCUCAGCAAGUUGACGGCGAGAAGGUCGACCACUGGAUUGUUGAGAAGUGGUUGAUGCACAUGGAGAAACUUUUUCGAGAUACCUUUGUUGAGGAAAGGGAUAGAGUUUAUCUCGCCACACAUCACUUGGAUGGUGAGGCCUAUCAUUGGUGGUUGGAUAUCCAGGACAACCCCAACACUAAUUUGGCAGCAAUUUCUUGGGCAAGGUUCAAGGAGCUUCUUCUGGCGCACUACUUCCCUACCAGCGUUAAGAGGAAGAUGGAGCAGGACUUGCACAGCUUGCGCCAGGAGGAGGGGACAGUGGCCGAGUACGAGAGAGAGUUUUCUCGGCUACUUCACUGUGUACCCUUCGUAGUGCGAGAUGACGAGGACAAGGCCCGCAUUUUUUAGCGUGGAUUGCGGCCUUCGAUCUUUCGGUUAGUGCAGUCCUCCAACCUCCAAACCUAUCGGGAGGUUGUGAACCGUGUACUCAUCGUGGAGACUGGAGCGGCAGACCUUCCGGAGCGUCGCGAAGGCUUGGAGAAGGGGAAAGGCAAGAGGCCUGCGGCUGAGGGUGCAAGCGAGACACACUCACGGAGGCCACCGAGGCAUCCCAGGAGCCGGAGCCAGUUGCGAGGACGUGGCUCGUCUACUCAGCGAGGAGGA